AUGGCAGCCAUAAUCUGUGGUAUCUUUCUUCCAUUAUUAAUAAUACUUGUUGUUGUAAUCACAAGGCAAUGGCAGCUAACUAACAGAAGAAAGAAGUCGAAGCUGCCAAUUCCUCCCGGGCCGAAACCAUGGCCCCUCGUCGGAUCUUUCCCGGAGAUUUUCCGAUCAGGAAAGCCUGCAUUCCGGUGGAUACACAACUUCAUGGAUGAAAUGAAGACUGAAAUCGCAUGCAUCCGUCUGGGGGGCACUUACGUGAUUCCGGUGACUUCCCCGGAGCUGGCUCGCGAGUUCCUUAAGAAUCAAGGCUCGGUCUUUGCGUCCAGACCCGUUUGCAUGUCCGCCGAUCUUAUCAGCAACGGAUACCAGUCCUCCAUCUUUCUCCCCCCCGGCGAUAAAUGGAUGAAAAUGCGAAAAGUUCUCCAUUCUCACGUGCUUUCACCGGCGGCGCUCCAUUGGCUUCACGACAAAAGGGCUGAAGAAGCCAAUAACCUCGUUAAAUACAUCUACACUCGGUGCUGCAACAAGAUCUCCGGUACCGGCGCCGGAGGCAUGCAUGCUGUUAACGUGCGGAUUGUCUCACGCCAGUACUGUGGAAAUGUGAUUAGCAAGAUGGUAUUCAACAAGAGGUUCUUUGGAAACGGAGAAGAAGAAGAAGAGCUCCUUAAGGCCAUGUUCGCACUUCUUCAAACUCUCUACGGAUUCGGAGUUUCAGAUCAUCUCCCAUGGUUGAGUAUAUUCGACAUCGACGGCUAUAAAGGCAUCAUCAAGAAAGCUAUGUCAGUAAUGAGAAAACACCUUGAUACCGAAGUGGACAAGAGGGUGCAAAUGUGGAAAGAUGGGAUAAAAACUGUGGAACAAGACAUCCUCGAUGUUCUUCUUACGCUCAAGGAUAAUGCUGGAACACCAUUGUUGAGUGAUACAGAGAUCAAAACACAAGUUCUGGAAAUGAUGCUAGCAACCACGGAUAAUCCAUCAAACGCUGUGGAAUGGGCACUAGCGGAGAUGAUAAACCAACCAAAACUACUGGAAAAAGCGGUGGAAGAGAUAGACAACGUGGUUGGGAGGGAGAGGCUAGUGGAGGAAUCCGAUUUGCCUAAACUAAACUACGUGAAGGCGUGUAUUAAAGAGGCCUUCCGCCUCCACCCAGUGGCGCCGUUCAACAUCCCCCAUGUGUCCCUGGCAAACACCGUGGUGGGUGGCUACUACAUUCCCAAGGGUAGUCAAGUGCUCCUUAGCCGCGUGGGGCUUGGCCGGAAUGCAAAAGCUUGGGAGGAGCCUAUGAUGUUUAAGCCGGAGCGCCACCUCAAGGAGGGCGGUGGAGAAGUGGAUUUAAAUGAUUCGGAGUUGAAGUUGUUGGCGUUUAGUACUGGGAGUCGAGGAUGUCCGGCUGUUAAGCUAGGGUCUUUGAUGACUACAAUGUUGAUGGCUAGGCUUCUUCAAAGCUUCACCUGGAACCUCCCUCCUACCUUGCCAUGCAGAUCCUUAACCGAGGCUAAAGAUGAUCUCUUUCUUGAAAAUCCACUCCUUGCCAGUUCUAUAUUUCUCCGCAAUCGAUCUGGUGAUCGUGAACUUGCUAAGGAGUUGUUGGUUUAUGAUCUCAUUCUCUUGCUCUCACCUCCCCUUGCUGGCUUAUUGUUCGAGUCUGACCAACUUAGCUUAUGA